CGCUGUUACGUCAUAUAGGAGCCGCUUAGCCUUACGCUAAGCUAUCUGUUGGUAACUUCAGGCAGCUCAGGAUUAACAGAAUACGAACUGAUGGGAAACCGAGAACGUCAUGAAAGAAAAUGACACUGGGGGGGAUGAGCAAGAUGAACAAAGGGUUGCCAGUGAGAAUAAUGAAGAAGAGGUGCCAAUGAGUCGAAGUUUCUCAGUAGAAGACCUCCUAGACGAGGUGGAGAAGAUCUGUUAUGAUGCUUCAGGGACUUCGAAGGUGGAGAUGGUGGUGAGGCUGUGGAAAGAUGGCUUUACGGUAAACGACGGAAACUUUCGCAGCUAUUCAGUGACAGAGAAUCAAGAAUUCCUGGAUGCUAUUAAAAGAGGGGAGCUUCCAGCUGAGUUGGAGAGCCGAGCUGAAGAGGAGGAGCUGGAGAUCAGUGUGGAGGACAUGACUGAGGAAAACUACGUUCACAAAAAGGCAGCUUUUCACCCCUUCAGUGGGCGAGGAUACCGACUGGGCAGGUGCAGUCUGUUGCUCGUUGCGCCCAGAGUCGUGGCCAGGUCGCCAUCUGUGCACGAGGAUGGAGAAUCUCCUCCUAUCCCCAUGGUAACAUUAGAUCACUCCCUUCCCGUGACCUCGCUGCAGAUCUGGUUGGCUGACGGCAGGAGACUGGUUCAGAGGUUUAACCUAUCGCAUCGGGUUGCCGAUGUUCAGGAUUUCGUGACACGCUGCCAGAGAAACUGCCCGCCGUUCGUCCUGACCACGUCCCUCCCGUUCCGAGAACUCGCCGACAAAGAAUUAAGUCUAGAAGAGGCGGAUUUGGCGCACGCCGUCAUCGUCCAGAGACCCCUGCACACAGAGCCUCUGUUUGGACACUCCUGACCAAUCCAGUUCUAACAUUUCACACAGCAUGCCCCCCUCCCCGCCUCCAGUUUUACCUGACAGCAGCCAUCUACUGCUCCUAUAACACAAAAUSAUCCUUUAUCGUGCAGUUUCUGCUGCCUUUUUUAAUUCUCUUCGACAGCAUCUUUGCUGCAGGUCAGUCCCCACCAGAGGAGUCACAAAGUGCUAUGGACAGUGUUUACUUUGUCUUCUUCCCUCUCGAGGACAAAGUUUACCUGAAAAUCAACUCAAAAUCCCCAAAUUGCAGUAAAGUCAAACCAGUGCUGCUCUUCCCUCCACCUCCUCAUCUCUCAUCUCUCAUACACACAAUGCAACUAUAAAGUCUUCCCAAAGUCURAAUACUACUGUUAUGCACUGUUUGCAGUUUGUUUUAAAAGGGGCUGAAAGAUUAAGUUUACAAUUCUACUAUAAAGUAUUGYUUUGAUUGCACAGUCUUAUGUUUGCCUUUUUCGUUUUGUUCUUUCAGGAUAUUUAUGGGAUUUUAUCAAAUUUUUUGUGAAUAUUUGCCUUUUGUUUUGUAGAUGUUUGAGGCGUCAAGAAUGUCAUUUUGGCUUUUUGGCUGUUUGGAUUCUAGAAAAACAUAUCAUAAAUCAUGAUGUAAUUCAAUAAAAGUCCUUGAAGACGUG